UGGGCCCCUCGUUUUUUAUUUUUUUCAGGGGCCUGAAGCGCGCCGGCUUCCCAGGCCUUGGCUAUAAGCCGGCUCUGCGUCUCUGUCCCUCCCACUGCUGGUUCUGGUUCGCCGACCACACUCCGGCGCACUCCGAUGUCCUCGCUAGCGUGACAGUAAGUCUCUCUCCCUUCCUCUUCGGGUCUGGGAACGGUGAUUUCUCACCGGGCACAUUACCAUAGAGGAGUAACUGCCGAAGACCUCGUUCCAUCUUGUUGCUUUUAACUUUUAAGCCCUACUAAUUGAGUCAACUACGUGAACCGAUUUCCUGCUCCGACUCCGAAACACAUCUCGAGCAAGGCACCCUAUUCAGACACCCAAGUUUCUGAAAUUUGGGGGUAAAGCUCGAGUUUUUUCAAGGGCCAUUAUCUCCUGGAAAUUGGAAGCUGUAUACCUAUAAUUACAAAUUGGUGAGUUACUUGACAAUGUAUCUUCAAUAUCAAACGUAUUUGAAAUUUAGUAUCUAUUCUCCACCACGUCAUCUUCAUAGUCUUCGAAAUUUCUCUCUUUGGUCAAUGAAGAAGGACCCUGAUCUUGAAUCAGCUCUAUCUCGUAACCGUCGCUGGAUUGUAAAUAAUCAGAUUAAGAAUAUCAUUACGCGAUGCCCCAACCAGGUGGCAACAGUUAAGUUCCUCCAGAGAAAGUUCAAAACACUUGAUCUUCAAGGCAAAGCUCUCAAUUGGCUGAAAAAGUACCCCUGUUGUUUUGAAGUUUAUCUUAAGGAUGAUGAGUACUAUUGUGGGUUGACGAAGCGAAUGAUGUUUCUGGUGGAUGACGAAGAACGUGUGAAAGAGAUGCAGGAACCAGUAUUUGCAGAGCGACUUGCAAAGUUGUUGAUGAUGAGCUCGAACCAAAGGCUCAAUGUCAUGAAGAUUAAUGAGUUGAAGAGAUAUUUUGGAUUUCCAGAUGAUUAUUUGAUUAGAAUCGUACCCAAGUACCCUGAGAUGUUUCGACUUGUUAAUUACAGUGGGAGACGAAGUUCAAUGGAGAUUGAGCUUGUUUCUUGGAAUCGUGAUUUAGCAGUUUCUGCAAUUGAAAUUGUCUCCCGAAAACAAGAGUCUGAGCCAUGCUUUUCAUGUUCAUUACCUUCAACUUGGAUCAAAUCAUGGGAGAGAUUUCAUGAGUUUAAUUCAACUGCCUAUAUUUCUCCUUACUCAGAUCCCAGAGGUUUAGUGGAGGGAUCAAAAGAAAUGGAAAAGAGAACAGUGAGUUUGGUGCAUGAAUUACUGUCACUGACCUUGUGGAAGAAACUGUCAAUUGUGAAGUUAGGUCAUUUUGGAAGAGAAUUCCGUUUACCAGAAAAGUUGAAUGUGUUGCUGCUUAAGCAUCCUGGGAUAUUCUAUGUCUCAAAUAAGUAUCAGAUUUACACAGUUCUUCUUAGAGAAGGAUACAAUGCGUCGGAACUUAAUGACAAGGAUCCACUUGUUGUUGUGAAGGAGAAGUUUGGGGAACUCAUGCAGGAGGGACUUCAUGAAUAUAAUCAGAGGCACCUUUCAAUGAAUCUGGAAAGGAAGAAGAAGAAAGGUAUGAUUUUGGAAAGAUCAGAGAAAAGGAAGGACCCGAGCACUGACAUGAGUGAACAAGAUGAUCUGGGUAGUGAUGUCGGUGGCCUAUUUGAUCCUGAAGAAAGAAAACGGUUCUAUAAAGUGCUCUUUGAUGACGGUGCACCCUGAUUUUUAAACAAAGGAAAAAAUGAUAAAAACUUAUAUUUCGCCCUUCGGAUUCAAAACACAUAAUGUCCAAGUGGUUGGUCCAUCCAUCAAGAAAUGGCAUCCAAUUUGAUUGCUUGGAGGAUACUGUCAGGACAACAACUCAUGCAUGGCUUGCACGUGAUCGACAUUGCCGAAGUGAGAAAGAGUAAUUAGAAGCUAAUUAGGCAAAAUGUGUACGUACUUGAGUCCAAUUAGAACUCAUAAGGAAGGGGAUCACUGAAUAAGGAGAGUUUUCGUUAGGAAAAGAAUCUUUCUUUGGAAGGCAAAUACUCGGCAUGCAUCUAUAAAUAAGCACGGUGGGUUCCUAAGGGGAUCAUCUCGGCUACGGCUAGAGAACACAGUAGAGAGAAGAGUUCGGCUGGGAGUUAAAAGAGGAGAAAAGCUUCAAUGGUUUUUAGUCGUCGCAUGGGAAGGUUCACUUUCAUGAGAGGCAAAGUUCUUAGACGAGGGUUGAGGAUGAAACCUCAUGUUUUGUGUUAAUUAGUAUUUGCAGAUUAUUUAUUUAUUUUCCGAAUGCUUUGUUUAACUGUAUAAUUGUUCUUAUCUCUUUUUAAUUAAGUUAGUAAUUUUGGAUAUGAA